AUGGGGAUGUGUUCAAGGCAAGAGCGAAUUCAGAAGGAUAUCGACGUCGUGAUCCAGAAGUCUAGAGCCGAGAAGGACUGUCUGUUUGCAGAUUUCAGAUACUCAGACUCCACCUUUACUUUCACCUACGUUGGCGGCCCCAAAAGUAUAUCCUACUCAGUACAUGUAUCUGAAGAUUACCCAGACAAUACGUAUGUGUCGAGUUCAGACAAUGAUGAAGAUGUGUUAGUUACUACUGAGCCAAUUCCAGUAAUAUUUCAUCGAAUAGCAACAGAAUUAAGAAAAACAAAUGACAUUAACUGUUGCUUAUCCAUAAAAUCAAAAUUACAGAAGGAAAAUGGGGAGGACUCAAGACAGAAUAGUACAGUGGAAGAAGAUUCUGAAGGUGAUAAUGAUUCUGAAGAAUUUUAUUAUGGAGGACAGGUAAACUAUGAUGGAGAACUGCACAAGCAUCCUCAGUUAGAAGCUGAUUUGUCAGCGGUGAGAGAGAUAUAUGGGCCACAUGCAGUUUCUCUCAGGGAAUAUGGAGCCAUUGAUGAUGUAGAUAUUGAUCUGCAUAUUGAUGUUAGCUUUCUUGAUGAGGAGAUUGCUGUGGCUUGGGAAGUCAUUCGAACAGAACCUAUCAUUGUCCGACUGCACUGUUCACUUACCCAGUAUUUAAAUGGCCCAGUUGGAACUCAGCUGGAACUGUUAACUGGCAUGCUUGUCUCCACUUGGCUUCUUCAUUUGUUUGAGAUUUCUAGCAGCAUUGUAGCAGGGGGCCAAAAAAUCAUGCAGACAUUUGUUACACAGCAGUGGAAACAAAGCAAAGAGAAAUCCAACUGCCUUCACAAUAAAAAGGUAUCGGAGAAGAAAGUAAAGUCUCCCCUGCAUUUAUUUUCUACCUUGCGCAGGUCGCCAAGUUAUCCUCCUCCUGGUUGUGGUAAAAACAAAUCCAAGUUGAAAUCUGAGCAAGAUGGUAUCUCCAAAACACACAAGCUGUUGCGGAGGACUUGUUCUAGCACAGUCAAGACCGAUGAUGUGUGCACCACAAAGUCGCACAGGACCUUUGGGCGCUCCCUGUCCAGUGACCCCAGGGCUGAGCAGGCAAUGACAACAAUUAAAUCGCACAAACUCUUGAACCGCCCCUGUCCUGCAGCUGUUAAGCAAGAGGACUGCCUCACUGUAAAGUCACAUAAACUACUGACUAGAUCUUGUUCUGGAGAUCCAGGAUGUGAGCACACAACCAGCUUGAAGCCCCACAGACUCUUGAGCAGGUCUUACUCCAGCAAUCUCAGAAUGGAAGAAUUCUAUGGACUGAAAAAUCAUAAGUUGCUCAGCAAGUCGUACUCCAGUGCCCCCAAGUCAUCCAAAACAGAGCUUUUCAAGGAACCUAAUCCGGAAGAAAGAAGAUUGGUAUUGACUCAAGGGCAAAUAGGGCUAUUGUCUUCCUCCUUAUCUUCCGCGGAGCAGCUGGUACCAAAUGGUGCAAAAUGCAUUCCAAUACGAGACCACGGCUUCCUAGUGCAGACAAUUGAGUUUGCGGAACAGCGGAUCCCUGUAUUGAAUGAAUACUGUGUGGUUUGUGAUGAGCCGCACGUGUUUCAAAAUGGACCCAUGCUUAGGCCUACCGUGUGUGAACGAGAGCUGUGUGUAUUUGCUUUCCAAACCCUGGGAGUAAUGAAUGAAGCUGCUGAUGAAAUAGCAACUGGGGCUCAGGUGGUAGAUCUUCUAGUGUCCAUGUGUAGAUCUGCGUUGGAAUCUCCUAGGAAAGUUGUCAUUUUCGAGCCAUAUCCUUCUGUAGUAGAUCCUAAUGAUCCUCAGAUGCUGGCCUUCAACCCCAGGAAGAAAAACUAUGACCGAGUAAUGAAAGCACUGGAUAGCAUAACUUCUAUUAGAGAAAUGACACAAGCACCAUAUCUGGAAAUCAAGAAGCAGAUGGAUAAACAGGAUCCCCUUGCUCAUCCGCUACUGCAAUGGGUUAUUUCAAGUAAUAGGUCACAUAUUGUGAAGCUGCCAGUUAACAGGCAAUUGAAGUUUAUGCAUACUCCGCAUCAGUUCCUUCUCCUCAGCAGUCCACCUGCCAAAGAAUCCAAUUUUAGAGCUGCUAAAAAACUCUUUGGAAGCACCUUUGCAUUUCAUGGCUCACACAUUGAAAACUGGCACUCCAUCUUAAGGAAUGGUUUGGUUGUUGCUUCUAAUACAAGACUGCAGCUCCAUGGUGCAAUGUAUGGAAGUGGAAUCUAUCUUAGUCCAAUGUCAAGCAUAUCAUUUGGUUACUCAGGGAUGAACAAGAAGCAGAAGGUGUCAGCCAAGGAUGAGCCAGCUUCAAGCAGCAAAAACAGCAAUGCAUCACAGUCACAGAAAAAAGGACAGCAAUCCCAAUUCCUGCAGAGCCGUAACUUAAAAUGCAUAGCUUUAUGUGAAGUGAUCACCUCACCUGAUCUGCACAAACAUGGAGAGAUAUGGGUCGUUCCAAAUACUGAUCAUGUCUGCACACGAUUCUUUUUUGUCUAUGAAGAUGGCCAAGUGGGAGAUGCCAAUAUUAACACACAAGAAGGAGGCAUUCACAAAGAGAUCCUCCGAGUUAUUGGUAAUCAAACUGCUACUGGUUAA